AUGGCCAUAGCAAAACAGGAACCACAAGAACCAAUACUGCCUCCGGCCCAAAAAUCAAAGCCUGCCAAUGAGAAGGCUCGCAACGAUGCUUUGAAGUCCAUUACCGCCACUCGUCGUGCAUCCGCAUGGCAGAUUCACCGCUGGCCACUCGACAAACGGGUACUGUCGUCGCGCACACGUGUCCAUCUUCCACGGACGUAUCUGGGACGAGAUGGUGAAGACGUGCGGGUAAUGCGUGAAGGACAAGACCUGAACCAGUUCGUGCAUCGACAUUACUUCGAGGAACUCGACGAAGCGCGUCAAACGGAAUGGAUCAAUUUCGUGACGCCUGACGGGGUUGUAUCAAGAAGGCACGAAUAUCUAGGCCCGGAUCCUCGGGUUGCUGGAUAUCACUUGGACGUCGACGGAGAGGUGCACAUCAAGUGGUGGGACGGGUUUCUGCAAGACCAGUGGAUGGACAGGCAGAAAUGGCGAUUCGAGGUGAAAGUGGAUGAUGAAGGGAAAUGGGUGGAGAUUGAUGACUGA